CAAAUUGGAUCAAAAUUCAAGAGCAGCCCACUUUACUUUGCAAUCACUUCAUCUUUUAUCUUUUGCUUCGCAGAUAACUCCUUCCUCAGAAAUCUCAUAAUUCCUUUUCUUUCUCUUAUCUUUAAAAUAAGACAAAAACAGAUUUUUAAGUAAAAGGACAGAGCUGUUCAUAAGAAGGGACCUAUUCCUGCAGAUGAUCGCCAUUUGCCCUCAAAUUGAUGGUUUGCUCAGUAUAUAUAUGUUGUGUUUCAGUGUUUCAAUUUUUAGGACUUGACAUUACUCGAAUGUCGAAGUUUCUGACAAGGAUCUUUUGAUUUCUUUCAUCCUCUGCACUUUUUAAAGGUGAAUAUGGCAUUUUCACCUUCUUCCCAACUCUCUUUAACUUGCCAUUUCUGAGGUCUCUGCAAGUUUGUUUCCUCCAGGAGAUUCAUUUCUUCACUGGGUUUUUCUUAUCUCCUAUCCUGCAUGGUUUCUCGUUCAACUCACAAUUUCAAAUGGGUCCUUCUUCUUUUUUCCUUCAUGGUUGUCCUUGCAGAGAACUUUUGUUCUCUGAGUUAUCUGCAAGACUCCUAUUUUUUUUUACUUCCUCUUUGUAAUAAAAUCUUCUUUUGUGGGAUAAAUUUUUAAAUUGGUUUCUCAUUUACCUUUUUCUUUUCCCUCAGCUGCAAGGCAGGUGGUACUGUGAUGCAUCUUUGACUUGUAAAUUUGAUAUGCUUAGAUGAAUUAUGAAUUAGAUCAUUUUCUCAAGCUUGAAGUUUGGGUUGUGCACUCACUGGCAUGAGUCUCCAUUUAAUGAAGCGGAGAAUAAAAGUUAUGAUGUGAUCGAUCAUGUGAUAACAGUUGGGAAGUUGAAUGGAAACACAUGAAAAAUUUAAGUUCCUUUAAAGGCGCUUGAAUUUCUGAAAUUGUUACUACUGGACAGAAAAUGGAACCAUCAUCUCAGAAGAAUUUUGACAGAAUUCUCUCACAGAAAGCUCUACAGAUGAGUAGCUCAUUUCCAUGUCAAAUUUGUGUGAUGGGUUUUCUCCUUGGUGCCUGUAUUACGUAUUUCUUCAUGGCUGCUCUCACUUCUUCGGUGGAAUUUGAAAUGGUUCCUUUUUUUCCUUCAUCACAGAACUUGACUUCGAAUGCUAUUGAUAUGAGCGGACGCACGGACAAUUCUGAAGCAGCAGAAAGAAUGAGAAGAUUGGCCUCACAAAGAAGGGAUGAAUUGAGUGAUGAUGAGAGAGUAUCUUUAUUGUAUUCAUCUUGGACUGCUCUGUUGAAUGAGUCCAUAGAUGGGAAGCAAGAGUUCUUAAGUGGGUUAGGACUAAGCAGAUCUAGUGUGCCAAAAGCUUCUCAUUUGGAGAACUGUAAAUUGAGUACACAACUUAAUGAAAAUUUUGACAAGCGUGGAGAGAAUGGUAGCUUUCCUCCAUGGACAAAUUGGAAGGGUUCGUUAAGCAUCGCUUUGCUUCAUCAAUCGUCCAAAAUGGGAAAACAGGGGCAAUUUGAGCAUCGAGCUCUACUGGAAAGUGCUUAUCCUCCAUGGAUUAUGGGUUCAGACGAAGACAAUUAUCCUUCUACUAGGAAAGUGCAGAGGGACAUAUGGAUCCGUCAACACCCUUCGAAUUGUAGUGACCCUAAUGUAAGGUUCCUUGUAGCUGAUUGGGAAAAGCCCCCUGGAUUUGGUAUUGGAGCUCAACUUGUUGGAAUGUGUGGUCUUCUUGCAAUUGCAAUUACUGAAAAACGAGUCCUUGUGACAAACUACUAUAACCGAGCUGACCAUGAUGGCUGUAAAGGUCCAUCACGAUCUCAUUGGUUUUGCUAUUUCUUUCCUGAAACAUCCAUGGAGUGCAGAGAUCGUGCAUUUGAACUUAUGGGAAUACCAGAAGCUUGGGAGAACGGAAUUGUCACAGGAAAAGAUAAUUACACUUCAAAGGAAAUAUGGGCCGGGCGAAUUCCUAGAGUUUGGGGUAAUCCUUGGAGUUUUAUGCAGCCAACCACUGAGAUAAAUGGUAGUUUUCUCACAUAUCAUCGUAAAAUGGAUCGGAAGUGGUGGCGAGCACAGGCACUGCGCUAUCUGAUGAGAUUUCAAAGUGAGUAUACAUGCAAUUUAAUGAAUGUAGCCCGGCACACAGCAUUUGGAUUGCAAGCAGCAAAAAUGGUUCCUGCUAGUCUUGUUAAAGGAUGGCCAGAGGUUGUAGGAAACGAUUCUCAAUCUGAUAUGGAAGAAUAUGUAUGGUCCAAUCAUAAGCCUUGGAUCCCCAGACCACUUUUAAGUAUGCAUGUAAGAAUGGGUGACAAAGCGUGUGAAAUGAAAGUGGUUGAAUUUGAACAGUAUAUGAGUCUUGCUGAUCGUAUUCGCAAACGGUUUCCCAACCUUAACAGCAUCUGGCUUUCUACUGAAAUGAAGGAAGUCAUUGAGAAAUCCAGAUUAUAUCCACAUUGGACAUUCUACUACACAAAUGUAACACGCCAAGUGGGGAAUAAGAGCAUGGCCUCUUACGAGGCGAGUCUUGGUAGAAAGACUAGCACAAACUACCCGCUUGUAAAUUUCUUGAUGGCAGCUGAAGCUGACUUCUUUAUCGGUGCUUUGGGUUCCUCUUGGUGCUUUCUCAUAGAUGGCAUGAGGAAUACAGGAGGGAAAGUAAUGGCUGGAUACCUUAGUGUCAACAAGGACCGGUUCUGGUAGACCAGUAUACAGAUCUCUGGCAGAUAGGUAUGUAAAAAACUAUGUAUGGUUCACGAUUUUUGUUUGGUGUUCGUAUACGAGUCAAUUUACGCACCCGUUUUUUGUACAGAGAAAAAUUAACUGUAAGUCUGUUAUGAUGAAUAAGAUUAGUAUGUAAAUCCUUAUAAAGCAUUAAACAUGUUACCCCUACCUAGUAGCAAUGAUGUCUCCAAUAGAACCUUAAUAAUGUUUGGUGUUUCCUUAACAGCAUUUUAAAGAUAUUGCAUUUCAUCAUUCUCUCCA